AUGUCGCACUCGUCCUCUGAAUCGAAAGCAAUCACUUAUCAAUAUCAAAACAGUUUACCUCAUUUACCAGUCCCAGAUCUGGAGUCUACUGCUUACAAGUACCUCUGGUCUAUCUUACCGCUUGUAUCUCCCCAAGAACCUGGCUCUCACAGUGCCUCUGAUGAUACCCCUACUCCCGCGUAUGAACAUACGAAAGCUUGCGUCGAAGAUUUUCUCAGGUCUCCGUUGGUCAAAGAGCUUCAAGCUAGAUUGAAGAAGCGUGAGGAAGAAGGUCACGAGAACUGGUUAAGCGACCUUUACACCGAGUCGGCUUAUAUGGCGGCGCGUGAACCCUUGGUCCCGUUCUCGUCGUAUUACCUUGCCCACAAGCCUGAUCCUUCUCGCAGAGGUGCAGCCAAAAGGGCUGCUGGUUUGGUUCGUGCCAUCCUGGAAUUUAGACGUCUAAUAGUAACGGAACAACUUGAGCCGGAUUUUGCGAGGUCUGUGCCGCUCUGUAUGAACGGCUAUAAAUGGCUUUUUAACACUUGCAGAUAUCCUUCCAAGCCCUCUGACACUGCAAAGAAGUUCGACCCACAAUCCAAUAAUCACCUGACAGUAAUCAGGAAAGGGCAGUUUUUUGAGCUCCCAGUUAAUAAAAUUGAUGGCAGUUGGUUAUCGGAAGCUGAACUCGAAUCCCAAUUUGAAAAAAUCAUCAAACGUGUUGGCCCAAAUGAAAACCCAUUUCCACUGGGAGCCCUCACGACUCAAGACCGGGAUUCAUGGGCCGACACACGAGCCCAAUUAUGCAAUGACCAUCCUCGGAAUACCAAAUCACUUGAAAGGAUUGAAUCUAGCAUAAUCUGCGUGGCUCUGGAUGAUGCUUCCCCGAUAACUAGGGAUGAACUUGGAUUCACACUCUGGUCCGGUGGAGUUAAGAACAGGUUUUUUGAUAAGCAGCAAUUGAUUGUUUGUGAGAACGGACAGAGCGGUUUCAAUGCCGAACAUUCCUGCAUGGAUGGAACCCCCGUGGCCAGGAUGAACGAUUGGAUUGUUGACAUGCUCGCCAAGAAAAAGAUCGACUUGGGUUCGAGUUUCGACAAGAAUUUGCCAGCUCCAAGUCCCAUAGACUUCGUGCUAUCCGACAUAACAAAGCAAAACAUCUUGAAAGCGAUCACCACUUUUGAAAGGAUGAUGGCUCCCCAUACAUUGGAUGUCCUGGAGUACACCGGAUAUGGAAGGCGUAUAAUCAAGAGCCAAUUCAAAUCGUCGCCGGACGCGGUUGCACAACUCAUAAUCCAAUUGGGUUAUUAUAAGCUGUUUGGCCGAGUACCAGUGACCUGGGAGCCUUCUCAGACGAGACAAUUCAAGUUAGGUCGAACAGAAGUCAUUCGUUCUUGUUCAAUCGAAGCUCUCGAAUGGUGCAAAGCGAUGGAAAAUGGCGGCGCUGAUUGGCAUGGCCGGCUUGAAAGAUUCAAGCUAGCCGUCAAGGCGCAUUUGGUAUACUCUCAGGAAGCCAGCGAAGGACAGGGUGUGGAUAGACAUUUGCUAGGAUUAAGACUUUCUUUGAAACCGGGGGAAGAGAUACCGGCUUUAUUUCGAGAUCCGGUGUACAAAGAAUCUACCACCUGGACGGUCUCGACCAGUCACCUGCCUUCCGAAAAUUUCAGCGGUUUUGGUUACGGGUCAGUUGUACCUCAUGAAGGAUACGGCCUAGGUUAUGCGGUCAACGACGACUCGAUCAGGUUCACUAUUACAACACCCACAGGCACUGGCGCUCGAUACAAACACUACUUACAAGAAGCGGCAGACGAUGUCUCAAAGAUGAUGAAAUUCGAAAAGGGCCGAAGUUCAAUCAGUGCCAAAUUGUAA